GGCGUGGCCUCCGGGCCGCCCGGCCCCCAGUGGGCAAGCAGGCGUGCGAGGCCCGCCCCCGCCUAUAAGAGCGGUGCGGCACUGCAGCUAGCGCAGUUCUCACUGAGACCCGUCGCCCCGACUCUACGUGAGACCCACCGCCCGGACUCACCAUGCGUGAAUGCAUCUCAGUCCACGUGGGGCAGGCAGGUGUCCAGAUGGGCAAUGCCUGCUGGGAGCUCUACUGUCUGGAACAUGGGAUUCAGCCUGAUGGGCAGAUGCCCAGUGACAAGACCAUUGGUGGAGGGGACGACUCCUUUACCACCUUCUUCUGUGAAACUGGUGCUGGAAAACAUGUGCCCCGAGCAGUAUUUGUGGAUCUGGAGCCUACUGUAAUUGAUGAGAUCCGAAAUGGCCCAUACCGACAGCUCUUCCACCCAGAGCAGCUCAUCACUGGGAAAGAGGAUGCUGCUAACAACUAUGCCCGUGGUCACUAUACCAUUGGCAAGGAGAUCAUUGACCCGGUACUGGACCGGAUCCGCAAGCUGUCUGACCAGUGCACAGGACUUCAGGGCUUCCUGGUGUUCCACAGCUUUGGAGGGGGCACCGGCUCUGGCUUCACCUCACUCCUCAUGGAGCGGCUGUCUGUUGACUAUGGCAAGAAGUCCAAGCUGGAGUUCUCCAUCUACCCAGCCCCCCAGGUCUCCACAGCCGUGGUCGAGCCCUACAACUCCAUCCUGACCACCCACACCACCCUGGAGCACUCAGACUGUGCCUUCAUGGUGGACAACGAAGCCAUCUAUGACAUCUGCCGCCGCAACCUGGACAUCGAGCGCCCAACCUACACCAACCUCAACCGCCUCAUCAGCCAGAUCGUGUCCUCCAUCACAGCAUCCCUGCGCUUCGAUGGGGCCCUCAAUGUGGACCUGACAGAGUUCCAGACCAACCUGGUGCCCUACCCCCGCAUCCACUUCCCCCUGGCCACCUAUGCGCCCGUCAUCUCUGCAGAGAAGGCGUACCAUGAGCAGCUGUCGGUGGCAGAGAUCACCAAUGCCUGCUUUGAGCCUGCCAACCAGAUGGUGAAGUGUGACCCUCGGCACGGCAAGUACAUGGCCUGCUGCCUGCUGUACCGUGGAGACGUGGUGCCCAAGGAUGUCAACGCUGCCAUUGCCGCCAUCAAGACCAAGCGCAGCAUUCAGUUUGUGGACUGGUGCCCCACAGGCUUCAAGGUUGGUAUCAACUACCAGCCGCCUACUGUGGUGCCUGGAGGUGACCUGGCCAAGGUGCAGCGUGCCGUGUGCAUGCUGAGCAACACUACUGCCAUCGCUGAGGCCUGGGCCCGCCUGGACCACAAGUUCGACCUGAUGUAUGCCAAGAGGGCGUUUGUGCACUGGUAUGUGGGUGAGGGCAUGGAGGAGGGGGAGUUCUCCGAGGCCCGGGAGGAUAUGGCCGCCUUGGAAAAGGAUUACGAGGAAGUGGGCAUCGACUCCUAUGAGGAUGAGGAUGAGGGAGAAGAAUAAAACAGCUGCCUGGAGACUUUCCUCUAUGUUUAUUGCAAAAGCCUUUCGAAAUAAACAGUCUCCUUGCACGGUU